AUGGACUUUGACCCAUCCGAUAAUGUAGGGGAGCUUAACAUUGCAGAGGUUUUGCAUGCUGCUGGGAUAGAAGGAUCUGCCAGCAAGGGCAACAUCUCAUGCCAGGGUAACCAUGAGCUUCAAAAUCAGAACACUAACCUGAAAAAGCAAAUCAGGGAACUCCAGGGGGCCAUUAAGCUCCUUAGCAACCAUGUGCAUGCUGGUGGAACUCCUUCCGCGCCGACACCUUCUACCGCUGGCAGCUCCAACUCCACUGCCACUUUGGUGGCUGCCCCAUUCAAUCUCGCCAAACUCAAGCGUGAGCUUGACAUGUUCAACCUCAAGGGUCUCAAUGUGCCCUCCAGCCUUCUCUACGAGGCCGAUGUCAACAUCAUCCUCUCUGCUUCCGACUACCUGCAGAUGGAAUCCACAUGGACCUCCCACGAGUACCAGCCUGUUGAUGACAAGAUCAAAACCAAGCGCUCUGAUAACAUCAAGAAAGCUCCAAAGGGAUCCAAGGGCAUCAAUGGCCCCAAAUUCAUAACUAAUAACAUUAAUGAUACUAAUCAGUAUAUUACAGGCAAGGACAGCACCCCGGUUGGUGGCAGUCUCAUUGUGGAAAUGCGCAAGGACGUUCAGGAGCUUUUAUACGAUAUUGGUGUGCGCACCCGCCUUCCGCAGACCUUUAGUGAGAUGCCUCUCUGUCUAUGUGAGAGGAACUGGAAGGUACAGCGCCUCUCGGAGAGUGUCUAUGCCAGCAUGAUCUCCACAUACCAGGAACACAUAAAGGUGCAGGAGGAGGAGGAAGCACGGAAGGGGAUUGAAGAGAAGGAGGCUCGGGCUGCAAAGCGAUGCAGGGUGGAGACUAUGGGACUUGCUCUUGAUGAGCUCCGUGAUGAAUCUGUAGUUCCUGAAACCCCUUCUCACUGCCCUUCUUCCUCCAAUGACCACCCUCAAACCAACUCGACCCCCCACCAUCAGAAGCUCAAGUCUCAGAGUGUGCCUGCUUUUAAUGAGAGGCUUAGACUUAUGCAGCAAGGCAGUGAGUGGCAGGAGGAUAUAUACGAUCUACCUGCUGUUAAUAUUUUGUUUACUGUCCCUGAGGAGUAG